GUAGGGGGAGUAGUAUUCGAGAGAAAGGAUUUACUUAUGCUUUUUGUUGUAAGAAAAAGCAAAGAAAGGACGUGGCCGUCCCGUGACGUGCGGGCAGGGGUAGCGCCAGCCGUGACGUUGAAGUGGAAACACAAGAGGGGCACAGCUAUCUGGGCUAGAAAUGGAGUUGGGGGGGGAGCUACAUGGCUGAUGACCUUGGAAGAAGGAUGCAGGAGGUUACAGGUGAUGGUGGGCGAGCUGUCUGUGCGAUCGCAUGAGGAGCCAGAGGACAUAGCGGCGGCGAUCUCUCUGGCUGGCUGGGUGAAGAAUAUGGCCGACGACAUGCUGGACAUCAUUUGGGAGCUAGAGGAGGGGCUGGAUCCCCAGCUAGAAUCCUGCAUCGAUUGGAUGAGGGCACAUGGUAUGAUGUCUACCUGUUAUGCCCUCUUCGCUGAGGGCCGUAACCUGCACUAUAAGCUGGAGGAGCGGUUGAUGGGCGACGAGGACAUGGAGGAUGAGAACUGGCAGGAGAAUGGAGCGCAGGAAAACAAGGCUAACUCCGGUGUCAACACCGACAACAACAACAACAACAAUAUCAACAACAAAAACGACUACAACAACAACAACGACAACGACAACAACAACCGGCUUAGCAAUAACAACAAUGACAACAACAACAUCAGCAACAACAACGACUCCAACAACAACAACAACGACAACAACAACAACGACAACAACAACGGUCACAGCGACAACGAUGUCAGCAUCAACAACAAUAACAACACUGUCAACAAUUACAUCAACAACAAGGACUACAACCGCAGCGAUGACCAUGGCAGCAGCGAUGCGGUGGGAAUUGGGGCAGAUAACAACAACAUCGACGAUGGGGAUGAUAAAAACAACAACUGCGAUGAUGGUGACGGCAGUGGCAGCGAUGAUGGCGAUAGAGAUGUGGGGAUUGGGGAUGAUAACAGUGAUGGGGAUGACAACAACAACAACUACGAGGAUGUCGGCAACGACGACGGCGGUGGAAGCGGGGACGGCGGUGGCAGCAACGACCACGGGAGCAGCAGGGCAGAGAGCAUCAGCACGACGGGAAAGAAGCCCCUUGCUGACGUGGUGGGGAGUCGAGUAGACACAGAUAAGAGGGUUAUAUGCGGAGUGAUGUGCCUGGCGAGAUGGGGCUUGGGGUUGAAGGAUCAAUCUGCCGCUUCUCCCCCCUUCAAUCUGCUGUUUCUACAUGGUGACUCAUUCUUCUCUGUCGGUCAUCGGGUGGGAGUAGGAUAGAUGCCCACCUGGGGUGAUCGAUGCCGAUGGUUUUAUAGAAAGGAUAAUACUUCAUGGGCACGAGGUCAAUCCUUCCCUGUCGCAGGGAAGUAAUCAAUGCCUCUGCUAAUC